AUGAUUCUUCUCAGCUUUUUAGCUGAUUUCGCCAGGUGUGCAGCACAACAAACAAAGAAAAGCACAUUAAUUCUUGGUAAGUAUGCACCAGUUACUGUUGUUGGUGUUACUUUAUUAGUUGUUUUUGCAGUUUUUGUUGCAGUCUCAUUCAUCCUUCUUGGUUCCAAGCUUAAAAAGGUUUUAACAUCUUGCUCAGGCUCCUGCUCAUGCUCUUCAUGCUCAUGCUCAUCAUGCUCUUGCUGCUCAUCUUGCUGCUCAUGCUGCUCUUCCUCCUCUUCUUCAUCAUCCAAGAAGAAGCACAAACAUGGCGGAGCCUACCCUGCUGGACAACCAUAUCCAGCUGGCCAGCCAUACCCAGCUCAGCCUUAUCCAGCUCAACCAUAUCCAGCCCAACCAUACCCAGCUCAGCCAUACCCAGGUCAGCCAGUUGAUCCAAACUAUCAGCAACCAUACCCACAGGGACAAUAUCCACCUGGCACAUAUCCAACUACAUACUAA